CAUUUCCUCUAUUUAGCCAAAGGAAGUGACAGAAUAGGCAGCAGAGGCAUUGUAUGUGAAGCUGUCUCCCAGAGAGCACUGACCCUGUUGCACUUAUCUGAUGCUGCAGUGUGAAACCAUCAAUUUAGUGCACCAUACAAAAGAAGGACAUCAUGGCUACCAGGGUCACUCUCUUCAUCUUCUGUUAUUUUCUCUUCCUAACAAAUGGGUUCGCUGCUUCCCAUGAAACAUCUUCUUCCACUUCUAUACCAACAACAUCACAAGCUGGAGCUGCAGGAAACACUGGCAAUGAGACUUAUACGACUACAGCAGCACAACUAUCUGGAACAGCGUCAACCAUCACUAGUACAUCAGCGCAGUCUACCAAAUCUUCUGUCAGCACAAAAACUAUGCAGUCUGUCCACCUUACUGCAUCACCAACAAGUUCGGGGCUUAAAUUUGAGCAUCAGAACACAUCAGCGAGCACUCUGAAAACCACCAGCAGUAUUGGACCUCAAGAUGGAGUAACUAGCAGCUAUGAGCACCAGAAAACAUCAGUGAGCACUAACAAGACCAGCAACACUGAACAUUUAGAUCAGAAAGUAAAUACUACUAAAGCUAAUGUCAACCAAACAGAAGGAAACAGGACCUCUGGUCCUCAGUCUGAAGAAAAAACUGAAGCUGCACAAUUUCAGCCCCGUUAUCUCUGGCUUUUGCUUUUGGUGGUUGCAGUCGUGGCUGUAUUAAUAUACAUGAAGUUCAAGUGUUUUAAAGUCCAUCAUCAUCCAGUUGAGGCCAUGGACCAUGGAACAGAGAAUGCUUCAUUCCAAAGGACGGAGAGCAACAAAGAUGGAGUCAUGCUUUUGGGAGUCAAAUCAGGAGGAGAAGAGAAUGCUGCAGCAAAAUAAGCAGGCAAGUGAAGUGACACAAGCCAAAACAAAUCCAGAAGCUGAAAAAGAUGAAGACUGCACACUUCAGUGAUUUUCCUUUGGAAUGAAAUGAAAUGAAGUGAUACAUUUCGCAUUUAAUGUUCAUGUGUAGAUUGUAUUGGCUCAGUAAGUCUGAACGAUGAUGAAUGUGCAAAUGAUAAUUUUAUUAUCAUUAAAAUUAUUAUCAUUAUAUGUUUAUUUUACAUUUUGAGUAAAUAAUAUGAUGUGACUCUGAGGUCUUUGCUGGAAAUAUAUAUAUAUAUAUGUUAUUUACCAGCUGGGAGGUCCGUAUGGUGAAAUACCGUGACCGAGGUCUUGAAAGUACUGAGCGAGGCCCUCUGGGCUGAGGUCAGUAUUCAAGGCCAAGGUCACGGUAUUUCACCAUAUGGAUCGACCUUAAGCUGGUAAAUAAUAUAUUUAUUUUUUUCUUUACCAAAUUCUUACAGAAAAUGAGAGCGCCCGAAAGGGAAAACCGAGCCACCAUUUUGAAUCCUUAUUCACGGCUGUAAUGCAAAUUGCUUCCUCCUCGGUAUACAAGUGCACUUCCAUGGCAGGAAAAAAAAAACCCUGCAUUUUGCCGCCUAUGUAGUCCCCUAUUUAUACAAAAUUGAGUCAUUCAGGAUUCAGCCAUGUUUUUGCUCGGCGUUAGCAACAGUUACAGGUUUUUAGCUUUCUCCUGAAAUGUUUUCUUUUAUUUCUUCUUACUCAGAGUAGUAAAAUUCGCUUUCACUGUGAACACUGUCGUUAUCACUAUCCAUGAUGUAAAAUUAAUGCUAUUCUCCUGAAAAAUGCUGGCAAAAAAUUAUAACAUUUUUGAUAAUCUUAUAAAUAAAUCUUAUAAAAAAAAGAUCAAUGUUGAAAAAAAAUGCUACUAUGUUUGUUUGUUGUUGUGAACGAGCGAGUCGCCAGAGGUCCAUAACCGGGGUCCGUAACUGGAGUCCAUAUCGUAGGAUACGGACCCACUCGCCAACCAAUCAGAGUGCAGGAUUUGAUGGAAACCGGACCACGAAAGAAAUAAACUUCUGUUAUUUUCUGUACAUAAACAAUUUCUAGAUGUGCCAAUAUAUGUAAUACAUAUACUUUUUAAAAACAAUCAUGUGAUAUAAUUUUGUUGAACAGAUUUAACUUGCAUUAAGAUAAAUGUUCCUCAAAUGUGUAUAAAGAUAGUGAACAAGAACGUUUGAGAGCUGAAGAAAUGUUGAAAUAUGGUAUGUUUUUGUAAAAUGAUUGAAGCAAUUUAGAAAAAUAUCUCGAGAAAAUCUAUUUCUUUUACAUUAAAGAAAUGUUUUAUUCAGUUUCCAUCCAUAGAAUGUAUAAUUUUUUCCAGUUUUAUCAUAACGAUUAUUCACUGGAGUCUUAAUAGAGCCUACAGUGUGUAAGACAUUUGCAUUAUAUCAUUGUAACUUGUUUUUAUUCAUAUAGACUGUUUUGUUUUUUUUCUUUCAAAUUAGCAUUGUUCCAGAGUAUCUGUAAAUAUUGACUUGUGGACAUUUAGGACACAUUAAGUUUUAGACACUCAGAUUUUCUCACUCUUCUGUUUUUAUAAUGGAAUUGUGUUUUUCAUUUCCUCAUCUCAU